AAGAGAGUUUGCGCUAACACUUUGUUUUACUUUAAAAUGAGAUAACAGGGUUCUAUUAGCCAAUGGGUGGUUAUGUAUGGUUUUGUUUUCGGAUACCAUGCUGUAUGAUAUGACUGUGGACUGAGUUUUGGCGGGGAGUUGGAGGAGAGACGAGGAGGACCGCGGACGUGUGGAGAGGCUCCGGUCGAUCACUCAGGGUGGUCCCGAGCCCUGAGUCGACGGAAUUCGGGUGGUCGUCUGAAGUCGAAUUGAACUCCAACGUAGCGCGCAAAGAACUUGGACUUUGAUAAGUACUUUCCACAUCCUCCGACAAUUUGCUUUUCCAUUCAGUUUAGUGUCAUCAGCAAAUUUGCUACGCUACACUCAGUCCCCUCUUCCAAAUCAUGAAUAUAAAUGGUAAACAGCUGCGGGCCCAGCACCGACCCCUGUGGCACCCCACUCACCACUGACUGCCAACCGGAGAAACACCCAUUUAUACCAACUCUCUGCCUUCUAUCAGGUCCAGGCGCUAUUCUUGAGCUGUUAAACAACAACAUAUGUGUGGAUUUCUUAAACACCUUCCUCAGCCUACCGGUGUUCGGACAGACGCCAGUCUAUGUUUUAAAAGACAAAUCUUGGGAGCUUCAGCCCAACUUGCCUUCCAACCUGACCGAGAACAUGGAUGGGUUUUUGAAAUGGCUGGAAGAACAUCGUUUGCCCCAUUUCCUGAAGACAGACCUGUAUCUUCACCUCGUUCUGUGUCAUUUGUUACUGGACAUGGCUGUGCCUCUUCUAACUGUGUCCAGACUUGCAGUGGAGCAUCAGGAAUCAUCAGAGUCCCUCCUAACACUGCAGUUCUCUGAGGAUAGCCCAUCCUCCUCUUCCCUGAGCAGUAAAACACCCGACUCUGAUGCCCAGCUGGUACAAGAGCCAUCAAAUGAAGAGGCACAGAUGGGCGAGAUGCGAGACCAGUGGCUACUGAGAAGGUGUAUUGGGAGUGUGCGAGGAAUGAAAUGCUUUCGAUCGUUUCUCAUGGGGACAAAUGGGGCAGAGCUGGUGGAGUUCUGGAUGAGGAUGGAGAGGAUGCGGAAACUCGAUGAGACUGACAUCAACCAGCGAGACCAGUACUUUGCUCAACUCCGCACGAUACAGGCUACUCACCUGCAAGAGGGCUCCGUUGUAAUGUCCACCUGCGGAGGUUUUACUGAUGUUCCAUUGUUAAAAUCAAAGAAGCCCUUUCGCACCAGGAGGGAUUUUCUGGUGAAACUGCAAAAGCAGGUCUUGGAGAAACUGAAAGGUUACUGGUUGCCUCGUUUCCUGACACACUGCAAACAGAGCCUGAGAAAGGUGAAGGAGUACGGUGUCAUCAUCCAAGAGUAUCAAGGAAAGGUGUCGCAAAGAAAGUCACCUUCCCCCAUCCUAACGAUGAGCAUCACGCACAGAGAAGGCAUUACGCAGCCCUACUUCACCAAGGCUCACAAGCAUCUCCUGUGGAGGCUGCCCUAUUGCAAGGGCAAACCCACGAAGACACACAACUUCAAAGCCAAGGAGCAACGGGACAGUUGCCAGGCACAGCCAAGGAUAGUUGACCCCAAGUCCACUUUGCAUAGUUUCCCCAAGCAGGAUGAGUCAGGGUGCUCUUCCCGGGCACCGCAACGUGUUCCUUGCUCUACAGAAGCUAAAGAUAAAGGGGCAACGAACAUGCAGAGUGAAUAUGUCUUCCCACAGUUGGGCUCCUCUAUCCCGCUCAUCAAAGCACCCUCGAUGCUACAGUGUCGGAGGUUUCCAGAGUUGCCCCAGCACUUCAGGUACCUCCACUGGGCCUUUAAUGCAGACCUGCUGGCAGGCGAACCAUUUGCAACCUUCCUGAGGGUGAGUGGUAACCUCUCCAAGCUCCAGUACCUGUGCCUCUGGCAUGAAAUGGGCAACUUCCUGAGCAUUGUGCUGAGUGUGAAGGACAGAGCUGGGUAUCUCCUCAGGAAGAUCGUGGCUGAGAAGAUUGUUGAAGUGUACCUAACAGAGAAUAGCAACCAAUAUACCAAUCUGCAGGUAGCAACUACUGAGAACCUCAAGACUCUCCUCCCCUCAGGACAGGUCAUUCCGUGGAUAUUUGCCGCCCAGAAGGAGAUAUGUGAGACACUCCAAGAAACGUAUGAUGAGUUUCUGGAUGAAGAGGAUAAGAGUUUCCUUAAUCUUGUGGCUGGGAGUGAACCCAAUGAUCCAAGCAGCUGGACAGAGUGCAAGAAGUUGCCAACACCUACAACAGAUGCUGAAGACUUGUUCAUCAGGAGGAUGGCGCGGGCACUACUGCUGAGCCAGGCCUGCACUGCCGUCGGCGACUCUGAGAGCCUGACUGAUGAGGACUGGAAGUUGCUGGUCACUGAAGACACGGCCAAUCUCGGCUCCAUGCUGAUACUCCCAAAGCCAUCAGCAGAAGAUGCAAAUAUUAAGAGCAUGACCUUUGAGGAGCUUGCACUGAAGUAUCCAAAACUUGCAGUUGAGGAGCUGAGCAAGAACUUUCAUCGAUAUUAUAAGAAAAUGGUUCUACUUGGUCUACUAAACAAAGAGAUCUUACGAGAGGAGCUGUGGAAAAAGCUGAACAUGGGACAUCUGAAACUUGGGGACAAGAUCCUGACCAGACCUAAAGGAAUUCCCAGGAAACUGGCAGAUGUGCUGACAGAUCCGAUAGGAAUACAUUUCUUCCAGAGGUUCCUGGAAAUCUAUGAUGCAGAACCUCCACUGCAGUUCUGGCAGGCAGUGGAGAACCUCCAAAACCUCACCACUGCCAACGAGAGAAAAUUGUACACCAACUGGGUUAUUAACAACUUCUUCAACAAGAACGUCAACCCAGAGGAGCUCCUGCAGUGCAGCUCACAGAUCAUCAGACAGAUUAUGGAAGCGAUUGAGAAUGGCAAGCCGGUCACAAUGAGCAUGCUGUUACAAGCUCAGUCAGAAGUUCAGAAGUCCCUGCAGAGCUGGUUUGAGCUCUACCUGAAAACGUACCCAGCAGAAUCCCAACAUCGCAUGGACUCCUCUGUACAUAUCUUCAGGUCUAUCCACACCCUCAGCAGAACGAACCGAGCAUGGAAGAAGCUGCAGAAGAUGAUCAAAAUGGUAAUUCUAUUCCUGCGUAUGAUGAAGACUCCACACAUGCGCCAAAUGUUUGAAAGCUUCCUGCGUGAUGAAGUGUACAAUGAUAAGGAAAAUAUGACCACAUCUCACAAUCAGUUCACAAUACCUUCCAUGGCUAACUCCUUGAUACUCCGAGUGUCUGAUUAUGGAGAGGAUGCUGAGGUGCCCCAGAUAAGAAAGCGAGUGGUAUGCGGCCGACCUGUCAUCAUUAACUACUUAGUGAACGACCUGCACUUCUGCAUGGAAAUCCAGCAUUAUAUAAGGCGAUCAGAAGCGGCAAUCAUUAUGGCCCGAAUGGGGAUGCAUGAUGACAUUUAUGAGGGAUUGCUUCGGGCCAGAGUGGCAAUGAUCUUCAAGUUGUUCCUGCAGGCAGACAAUCCUCCACGUCUCCGGGUGAAUAUUUCGGAGUAUGAGAAAGACCGGAUCCUUAUGGCAACACGGCACGGAGUACUGGAACCGUACUUGUUUCACAGUGCACGCAUGGCUGUGAUCUUCCCUCUCUUACACUUCUGGAAAAGAUUCUGUUUCCUGAAUGCCCUAACAAUAUUGGGCCAACCCAUAGGUCAUUGGAGAAGGGAGUAUGUUCCACCAGAUUAUCUGAAGCCCUCUCUUGAAUUUAAUUUUUAUGAAAUUAUCCCUGCACUCCCAGGAGUGGAAAAUGAUACUUCAAGUCACAGAAACAGCACCUCAGAUCUGAAUCCUGUCAAUCAGUGAGUGGGCUUUUCAAUAUUUCAUUGGCUAGAACUGUGCAAAGGAUUAUGUAUAUGACUGCUAAAGCAAAAUAGUAACACCAUAAAAUAAAUGUUAAACAUAAAAAUCAUACAGAUGCUGGAAAUCCAGAGCAACACACACAAAAUGCUGGCAGAACUCAGCAGGUCAGGCAGCAUCUAUGGAAAUGAAUAAACAGUCAACAUUUCGGGCUAAGACCCUUCAUAGGGUAAGAUUAUCUACGAAGAGAGAAAGUUAGGUUUGUGAUCCUUUCAUUUGCUGAAAAGCCUUGAAUGUGAAGACCUUUUUCUUUCCACAGAUGCUGAAUGACCUGCAUUUUUAGUAUUUUCUCUUCUUAUUUCAAAAUUCAAACAUCUCUAGGGUUUUUAAGAAUGCAAAAUAUAUCUACUGUCCAAGUCCCUGUCCACACAAACACUCACACUGUCUCCACAGGCCCUCUCCAUUUUCCCCACAGACUCUCCCUCCUGUAUCCAGCCCUCUCCCCUCCCGUCUGUCCUGUAUCCAUAGCCCCUCUUCCCCUUUCCCCAAAGACCCUCCAUUCUGUUCUCAAAAACCCUCAUAAUGCCCCACCGGGCUUUCACCCUUUUUCCCUUAGGCCCAAUACCCUUGUCCCACAGACUCUCAUUUUGCCUCCUGGACCCUUAUCUCUCUUCCACCUGGCACAUCUCUGUCCCAAAAGCAACCUACCAGCAACGUGCGGUUUUGCCCUUUUCCCCCAUGACCGUCCUUUCGUCCAUGACCCUUUCCUUUGCCCUCACUCUGAUCUCCUGUGGGUAAGUUCCUUCGUGUGGCCCAAGUACAUCUCCCAUAGAUGUACCUUUCCUAUCACUACCUUCUACCAUGUUCACACCAUCCUUCCUUGGACUACAUUCAUACCUAUUUGACCUUGUCCCUUACAGCUUAGACAAAAUCCUUAUCUUUAAUUAAAACUCUUUUGGCUGUAGUUCUUGGUCAAUUUUCCGAUACUUUGAGCCAGACCUCUCAUGGCUGUUUAUUUUUGGAUCUUUUUACUCAAUAACUUAUUGCUGGCUAUCAGAUAGUUACAUGCAAUGUUCUCUAUGAUAUUUCACUAAUAAUGUUUGUGUUUGGAAUAAGUCCUUUGGGUAAAAAAGCAGUCAGAAGUUCAGAGAGAAGGGAAGAAAAGAAAAGUCAUUCUCGUUCAACAUAAAAAAAAUUAAGAACUAAGAUGCUACGUGAAAGGCACAAGAGAAGCACAGCUGGAGAGGG